GGCCUAUAUAUGGUCCGUUGGCUAAUCCAGUCAGCCACAGUUACCGCACUUGCCCCACAGAAUCAACAUGUCUCAGUUCCUCAGCCUUGCCGCCAGCCUGCUGCUCCUUUUGGCUCCCACAUGGGCAGGAAUCAUCGCCCAGCCGGCCAUCAGCUAUUUAGGAACUGGGGACGAGCACGCAGUGGCCCACACCCAGCACAAUGUGGUGCGCAGCUUCGAUGGCACCGUCUCCCACUACGCCAAGUCGGUGGCUACACCUUUUUCGCAGGUGCACAAGCAGGACACCAGGAUUAGCAAUAAUGUCUACCAGCCGACGGUGGCCAAGGCCUUCUCCUAUGCCCCAGCUUCGACUCCUGUUGCGAUUCACGCCGAGCCCUCGAAUCUGUUCACUCAGGCGACUCCAGUGGCUCCCGUUUACCACCAGCCAGCUUAUGUCCAGGCUCCGGCUGUUUACCAUCAGCCUACCCAUGUGGAGGCUCCGGCUGUUUAUCACCAGCCAGCUCAUGUCCAGGCUCCGGCUGUUUACCACCAACCUGCUCACAUCCCCAGCACCGUGGUGGGUCACCAGCCCGCUGUGAUCCACUACUCCCCCGCUGAGACCGUGUCGCACAUGAGCUUCGAUGGAUUUGGCACUCACUACGGUUUCUAAUUGCUCUCUAAGUAAUAGUCUAUUAUAUAAAUGUUUAAGUAUUUGUUUCAAUAAUAAACAAUAAAAGAG